CAUCAACGAUAUAUAUCGCGCCGGUACAUACUGUAAACCUUUCACACUUGUGUACAGAAACUGCAUUAUUUUGCUGCUGUUUGUGGAAGCGGUGUAUAUACCACUUCCAAUGUGCGCUUUGCAAGCGUACAAACGGCAUACAGUUUUUUUCAAAUUCGGGGCUCCAAAUACAUAUUCAUAAAUUUCAAGAUGUUGGUCGCAUUGAUUGCAACGCUGGCGAUCCUGUGCCAGCCGGUAGCACUACAAUUCGGUUCUCGUGAAUCCGUAGCCGAUACCGUGAUUCCCGGUGAUAUUGUGCUGGAGACGAGUUCCAUGGGAUACGAUGGAGGUCCAUCAGCUGAGAUGCGACCAGCAGCGGAAAAAUACAAUCAGUGUAUGCAGCGUGUGGAAGCGGUGCUGUCCGCCCUGGACACCAUCAACCAGGACAAAACCCUUUUUCCCGGCGUCAAACUCGGAGCCAAGAUAUCGGAUCACUGUUUUAUCGAUACUGUCGAUAUCUAUCAACCGGUAACCCGAGUAUCUAGCCAGCCACGGUUCGAAGUAGGUCCUAAUCAAAGCGACAGCUCCACCAUUAUAAACGUCGAUCCAGUACUAAACUUAGUCGCUAUCCACCGGGGCUUGACGAUGAAACCGUACCCAGAUGACACGUCAAGAUUCAAGCAGCAAUUCGGUCUUUUCAACAUGACCACUUUGACUGGAAAGGAUCAGGGCAAAGCACUGGCUGAUACGUUGGCCUUUUUCAACUGGACGUACGUUAACUCUGCCGCUUUCGAGGACCCCGAAACCAACGCGCGCCUGCAGCGAUUUUUAGCGGAAGCGCAAAAACACCAUAUCUGCAUCAAAACCAACCUGUCAAUUCGUGCGCGAACUGGUGGCGACGAAGGUUACGACGGCGAUUCCGAAACACUGCAGCGAAUAGCACGAGACAGCCCCACAGUACCGGUUCUGGUCGUGUUUGCUCCGCCAAAUAUCAUGACCGUCGCCUGGAUGGUUGACUUUUUCAAGCAAGCGAAGAACCGUUCAGAAAAAGGACUGCUGUAUGUGGGUUUGGUUCAGGAUCCCGCCGAUUUAGCUCAAUUCCAAGGGGCGUUUCUGGAGGGCGAAAUUCAGGGCUCUCUGACGUUAAAACUCAAACCGCCGGCACAGACCGCGUUUGAGCAACACUUGGUUAAUUUAAAGCCUGGGCAAGAAGCUUACCGAAAUCCGUAUUUCCAGCGCUUUUGGGAGACGAAGUUCAGCUGCAAGAUCGACGGGACCUCACCGGCUGACCCCAAAUGGCGACAGUCUGACUGGAAAUCCUGCAACGCGAAUUUGAGUCUGAAGAAGGCUAAUUUCACUACCGACGCAAAAGCAGCAAGACUUUACGAAGCGGUUCAAUUUUACGCGAAAGCGCUAAAGAACUAUCUUGGGCACGGUAGUGCGGCGAGGGAUGCACGAUUGCAAGUGCCCGCUCAGAUCGAUGGAGCGGUUUUUUACAAUUCUCUUUUAAAAACGCCGAUUAGUCAAGGGGAAUUCGAAAUCUAUAGUUAUCACAAGGUGGCCAGUGGCGGCGAGCAGCCAAUCUUGCCUAAGAAUGCCGGUGAGGAUGAGGUGCGGUUAUAUUACGAGCGCCUGGAAAAAGCCCGUGGAAGUUACGCUAAUGUGAAAGUAGGCGACUGGAGCCCGUCUAAGCUCGAUAUCCACGUGGACAAGAUUCAGUGGCCGCGGGGUCAUGCAGGCAUCCCAAAAUCGCGAGCCAGCGAGCCCUGUGCAAAAGGCCAGAAGCAGGUCUUCGGAGAGAAUACAUGCUCCUGGGUAUGCGCUGCCUCCUAGGAGACGGAUUAUGCAUCACCUUGAUUGGUUAACCAGGCGCACGCUGUUCGACAUAUCUGCAGCCUUUAUGAUUAUAGUGAACGAAAUAACAAAAAAAAACCUUUUCUGCUGGUGCUAUAUAACUUCAACACUGGCUUUAUAACAGAACAUCGAAAGACCCGUGUUGAAUUUUAAACAAGUCUGUGACUUUGGUGUGUUUAAGAUACGAACGAAGAAAUGUCGACCUUCUUUCUGCCUCUCAUAAAUGCUCUAAUAACCGCCCCUGCAAUAAAUAAUCAGAAAAUGA